UUCUUUUCAUUUGACUUAAAAUAAUAAAAAACGCUGGGAUAUUUCAGAUCAGAUUGGGGCGUCAUUUCAGAUUUGAGUUGUUGAUGAUAACACAGAUCUUGCAAUGGAAUCAGAAACAGAACAUAACCACACCAUGAUGAUGGAGCACACUGUUCCAUUUAACAUGCAGAUUGAUCCAACAAGAGCUCGUUUUCCAUGCUGCAUAGUAUGGACACCUCUCCCUGUAAUUUCGUGGCUCCUUCCUUUUGUUGGUCAUAUGGGUAUCGCCAGAGAGGAUGGAGUUAUCUUAGACUUUGCAGGACCUAACUUUGUAUGUGUAGAUAACUUCACAUUUGGGGCCGUGGCCCGAUACAUCCAAAUUAACAAAGACAAGUAUUCAAUUUACAUGAAUGAAGAAGGUGAAUAUCAAUACACAUGGGACACUGCCUUAAAAAAGAGCACACAAGAAUACCAACAUCGGGAAUAUAACAUCUUAACUUGCAAUUGUCACUCUUUUGUGGCCAAUAAUCUCAACAGGUUGGAGUUGCAGGGUGGCGGGUGGAAUGUGGUUAAUGUGGCGGUGUUGCUUUUGUUGAAAGGACAAUGGGUAGAUAAGAUGUCUAUGGUUCGAGCCUAUGCCCCAUUUGUGAUCAUAUUUAUCGUUGGAAUUACUUUUGGAGGAGUUAAUUUUCUUGCCUUUUUGGUGUUCUUUGCUUUUCUUCUUGUUGGAUGGUAUCUUUUGGGCACUUACUGUUUCAAAAACCUUAUUAAGUUGUAGGUAGUGUUUUUGUUGUUGAUUUUUACACUGAGGGUAUUCAAGCCUCUUGUGUGCAACUAUGCAUGGAGAUUUGGUAUACCAAUGGUAGUUUUCAUCUGGAUUUUAUUUUCA